GGGAAUCUUGGGUGCCUCCCCUUGAGUUGUGCGGCAACCCGACUCAACACCAACAACGUUCACUCCGGUAUCGAAAAAACACGACUGGGUCACAAUGCUCUAAACGCAUAUUUUGCUCUCCGCUUUUGCAGUUUAUGAGAUUUCUCAUUUCAAUCUCAUGUUGAUACCCGGAUAACCUUCCCACGCCCCGCCAUGGUUAAACCCUCGAGCUCCACAUCCUCGGAUGUGCCUCUUCAACCUCUACCGUCGUCAAACCCCCGGGAUGAAAACUCCAAGCCCAAGUCCACAUCCCACACCUCAGGUAUAGAGGCAACCGCAGGGCCCUCCCGCUCCCGGCCUCAACCCCGGCCCUCCUCCCCGGAGUCGCCCCUCAGCCACCUCAAAGCCCGCCUCUCCCUCCUCCGCCCAGGCCACUCGGACGACGUCCACCGAGACGGCGACUCCGGCUCAGAAGACGAGCUCCUCCUCGACCCCAACCUCCCCACCGACCACGCCCAGCGCCACCAAGCCAUCCCGCUACACUCCCUCUCCACCACCGACGACCACGACCACGACGAAACCAAAACUUCUCUCGACUCCGACCGCGCCCCCCUCGUCCCCAACAAAGAUGGCUCGGACGAGGAUGACUCCGACGCCGCCUCCGACGUAGAGGACGAGGUCGAGGACUCGCCCUACCCGGAGGUGCGCGCCGCCGUCCACCCCUACGACGACCCCUCCCUGCCCUGCAACACCGUGCGUGCCUGGGCGAUCGGGUUGAGCCUGAUCUUUCUGGGCGCGAGUAUGAAUACGCUGUUUUCGUUGAGGUCGCCGAAUAUUAGUUUGGGGGCGUUGAUUGCGCAGGUUAUUGCUUGGCCACUCGGGAGGGGAUGGGCGAGGUUUGUCCCCGACAAGGAGGUGACGGUGCCACUACUGUGGUUUGGAAAGGGGGUGAGGAGGGGGGUCGGGCUGAAGAAGGUGCGACUGAAGUUGAACCCCGGCCCUUUCAACGUCAAGGAGCAUGCCAUCAUCGUCGUGAUGGCGAGCGUCUCCUUCUCCGUGGCCUAUGCGACCGAUAUCAUCCUGGCCCAGAAGGUGUUUUAUAAGCAGGACUUUGGCCUUGUGUGGCAGCUGCUGCUGGUUGUGUCGACCCAGAGUUUGGGCUAUGGGAUCGCUGGGAUGAUGAGGCGGUUUCUGGUGUAUCCCGCCGCCAUGAUCUGGCCCGGCAACCUGGUGUCAGUGACGCUCAUGAACGCCAUGUAUGAAAGCAGCGAGGACCGGGAUCCGACCGUCAUUGGAGGCUCAAUGCCGCGGUAUAGGUGGUUCGGCUUGAUCACCGCCGGCGCCUUUAUCUACUACUUCAUCCCGGGAUUUCUAGCCCAGUUUUUGAGCUCGUUCGCCUUCAUGACUUGGCUGGCGCCCGAGAGCCCGGUCAUUAACCAGCUGUUCGGCUCCAACACCGGUUUAUCGCUGUUGCCGAUUACCUUUGACUGGACCCAAAUCUCGGGCUUUGUAGGCUCGCCCCUUAUCCCGCCAUGGCACGCCAUUGCCAACACAAUGGUCGGCGUGGUCUUCUUUUUUGUCUUCCUCGCGUCUGCUCUUCACUACAGUGGCACCUGGUACUCCCAGUACCUUCCGAUGAGCGACUCCAACACCUAUGACAACACGGGGAAGCAGUACGAUGUGUCCCGUAUUCUCUCCGCCGACUACACCCUAGACGUCGAGGCGUACAACAAUUACUCGCCUCUGUUUCUAAGCACGACAUUCGCCAUCUCUUACGGCCUCUCCUUCGCCGCCAUCGCCUCUUUGGUUGUGUACACGUAUUUGCACCACGGCAAGACCAUCUGGCGGCAAUACAAGAGCAGCACAACAGAGAAGCCCGACAUUCACAUGAAAUUGAUGAGGCGAUACAAGGAAGCACCGACUUGGUGGUACAUGUCGCUUUUCUCCGUGAUGCUCGUCCUCGGCUUCGUGACCGUGCUUGCUUGGCCCACCAACAUGACCUGGUGGGCGUUCUUGCUCGCCGUGUUCAUCUCUUUCGUCUUCUCCCUCCCGAUCGGCAUCAUCCAGGCGGUCACGAAUAACCAGAUUGGCCUGAAUGUGCUCACCGAGUUCAUUUACGGUUACAUCCAGCCGGGCCGACCGCUGGCGCUCAUGAUCUUCAAAACAUUCGGCUACAUUACCAUGUCACAAGCCCUAACGUUUGUCUCGGACCUCAAGUUCGGGCACUACAUGAAAAUCCCGCCGCGCACCAUGUUCAUGGCCCAGGUCGUUGCCACCACCUUCUCCUGUUUCGUGCAGGUCAUCGUUCUCAACUACGCGCUCAAGACCAUCCCCGGCGUGUGCGAACCCACUCAACCGGACCACUUUACUUGCCCCGGCGGCCGCGUUUUCUUUUCCGCCUCGGUGAUAUGGGGCCUCAUCGGCCCGGCCCGCAUCUUCUCCCCGGGCCAGAUCUACUCCUCCCUGUUCCUCUUCUUCAUCCUCGGCGCCGUGACCCCCCUCGUCAUCUACCUCCUCGCCAAGCGCCGGCCCAAGUCCUUCCUGCGCUACCUCAUGGCCCCCGUCAUCUUUGGCGGCGCCGGUGCCAUCCCGCCCGCCACCCCGCUCAACUACCUGUCCUGGGGCAUCGUCGGCUUCGUCUUCCAGUUCCUGAUCAAGAAGCGCCACUUUGCCUGGUGGAGCCGGUUGAACUUCCUAACCAGCUCGGGUCUGGAUCUGGGUCUGGCCCUGAGCACCCUAGUUAUCUUCUUCGCCUUUACUUUGAGGGAGGUGGAGCCGCCGCAGUGGUGGGGAAACGAGGUGGUCAAGGGGACCAUGGAUUAUCGCGGCGAGGCGGUCCAGGUGGUGCUGGGGGCUGGCGAGACCUUUGGGCCUGCUUCGUGGGGGUAGCGGGUAUUCUAGUUGGAUAGUGUAUGAAGUAGGGGAGUAACUAUAUGAGAAGUCCCAUAGCCUGUUUAGAGACGUUGGAUACUGCCCUCGGUUACAAAAUCCGCUCCUUACGACCGUAUCAACCGGCUUGCAUCCACUAGUACCACCCCGGUCCCAGUAGACGACGAUGAAAGCCCGAUCCCGUCCACAAAACCAUUACACGCCUGCAUAGAGACACGCACAAGUUGAUAUCUGGGCCGUACUUCUGGACUACGUUCUCACCCCAUAAAUAAGAAA